AUGUCUGCCUCUGCUAUCGCUCCAAGAAGGAAACGUCUUUCGGACGGUUUGACAGUCACUCAAAAAGUUUUCAUUAGAUCCCGUAAUGGUGGUGCUACGAAAAUCAUACGAGAACAUUAUCUAAGAACAGAUAUCCCAUGUCUUUCCAUGGCUUGUACCAAAUGCCCAGAAAUUGUUGUCCCAGAUGCUGAAAAUAACUUACCAAAAUUCAUCCUUUCCAACGAUCCGCCUGAAUUUCCACAACCCAUCGGGAAACAUUACGUUGUUUUGGAUACGAAUAUUGUGUUACAAGCCAUUGAUUUAUUAGAAAAUCCAGAUUGUUUCUUUGAUGUGAUCAUUCCACAGAUUGUCUUAGAUGAAGUGAGAAAUAAAUCAUACCCAGUUUAUACAAGAUUAAGAACUUUGUGCAGAGAUAGCGAUGAUAAGAAAAGAUUUAUAGUUUUCCAUAAUGAAUUUAAUGAAAAUACAUUUGUUGAAAGAGAAAAGGAUGAAUCCAUUAAUGAUAGAAAUGAUAGAGCAAUUAGGAAAACUUGUCAAUGGUACGCAAAUCAUUUGAAAGAAUAUGGUAUUAACGUUAUAUUAGUGACGAAUGAUCGUUUGAAUAGAGAAGCUGCUGAAACAACUACACCAAAUAAAGAUGAAGAGAAACUCAUAACUAAAAGUUUGAUGCAAUAUGUGGAUCUGUUACCAAAUUCUGAAGAAAUUAAAGAUUUGAUUCCUAAUUUGGAACCAACUAAUAAUCAAGAACUUAUUAAAAGCAAUAACAAUGUUAGUAAAGAACCAAUUUUCCCUGAAUAUUACUCUACGGCUAGAAUUAUGGGUGGGCUGAAAAAUGGUGUUCUAUAUCAAGGUAACGUUCAAAUCUCUGAAUAUAAUUUCUUGGAAGGUACCGUUUCUUUACCAAGUUUUUCAAAACCUGUAUUAAUCGUUGGUCAAAAAAAUUUAAAUAGAGCCUUUAAUGGUGAUCAAGUUAUCGUGGAACUAUUACCAGAAUCAGAAUGGAAAGCACCUUCUACAAUCGUUUUGGAUUCAGAACAUUUUAAUGUGAAUGAUAAUCCUGACGAUGAUAACAAUGAAAAUGCUGAUACUACUGAACUUGGCAUAAAUGGCACCUCCAAUAUAGUAAUAUCGGAUAAAGAUCGUAGAUUAUUAGCCAAGCAUGCCAUUGAAGCUCAAAAAGAGAAAAAAGUUCAACCAACAGCAAGAGUCGUUGCAAUUACAAGAAGAUCAUGGAGACAAUAUGUCGGUCAAAUUGCUCCAAACUCAGUAGAUCUACAAACAGGUGGAACUCAAAAUGUCUUUGUUAUAUUAAUGGAUAAAUGCUUACCAAAGAUUAGAAUCCGUACAAGACGAGCCCAUGAUUUAUUAGACAAGAGAAUUGUUAUCUCUAUUGAUUCAUGGCCAACAGAUCAAAAAUAUCCAUUGGGACAUUUUGUUAGAGACUUAGGGGGAAUUGAAACCGCUGAAGCUGAAACUGAAGCUUUAUUAUUAGAGCAUGAUGUCGAAUAUAGACCAUUUUCUAAAAAAGUCUUGGAAUGUUUGCCUGCUGAAGGCCAUGAAUGGAAAGCUCCUGCAUCUUUAACUGAUCCAGCUUCUCUUGCCAAGGAUCCAUUAUUAGCCAACAGAAAAGAUUUAAGAGAUAAAUUAAUUUGUAGUAUCGAUCCUCCAGGAUGUGUGGAUAUUGAUGACGCUCUACAUGCUAAAAAAUUACCAAAUGGCAAUUGGGAAGUUGGUGUACAUAUUGCUGACGUUACUCAUUUCGUUAAACAAGGAACCGCCUUAGAUGCAGAAGGUGCUUCUAGAGGUACUUCUGUUUACCUGGUUGACAAACGUAUCGAUAUGUUACCAAUGUUAUUAGGUACUGAUUUAUGUUCUUUAAAACCUUAUGUUGAUAGAUUUGCCUUUUCUGUCCUUUGGGAAUUAGAUUCAAACGCUGAUAUUGUUAAAGUUGAUUUCACUAAAUCCGUAAUUAAAUCAAGAGAGGCGUUUUCAUAUGAGCAAGCUCAAUUAAGAAUUGAUGAUCCAAACCAAACUGAUGAUUUAACGCAAGGUAUGAGAGCUCUUUUACAAUUAUCUAUCAAAUUGAAACAAAAAAGGUUAGAUAAUGGUGCUUUGAAUUUAGCAUCACCAGAAGUUAAAGUCCAUAUGGAUAGUGAAACUUCUGAUCCAGGUGAAGUUGAGAUUAAGAAAUUAUUAGCUACCAAUUCUUUAGUUGAAGAAUUUAUGUUGUUAGCUAAUAUUUCAGUGGCAAGAAAGAUUUACGAUGCAUUUCCACAAACUGCAAUGUUGAGAAGACAUGCCGCUCCACCAUCGACGAAUUUCGAAUUAUUGAAUGAAAUGUUACAUAGAAGGAAGAACAUGUCAAUUUCUUUGGAAUCAUCAAAAGCACUUGCUGAUUCUUUAGAUCGUUGUGAAGAUCCAAAAGAUCCAUAUUUCAAUACGUUAGUACGUAUUAUGUCAACUCGUUGUAUGAUGGCUGCCCAAUACUUCUAUUCUGGUGCAUAUUCUUACCCAGAUUUUAAGCAUUAUGGGUUAGCAGUUGAUAUUUAUACACAUUUCACCUCACCAAUUAGACGUUAUUGUGAUGUUGUAGCGCAUAGGCAAUUAGCUGGUGCUAUAGGAUAUGAACCAUUGAGUUUAUCACAUAGAGAUAAAAAUAAGAUGGAUAUGAUAUGUAGGAAUAUCAAUAAAAAGCAUAGAAACGCACAAUUUGCUGGUAGAGCCAGUAUUGAAUAUUAUGUGGGUCAAGUGAUGAGAAAUAACGAAACUGUGGAGACAGGUUAUGUUAUCAAAGUUUUCAACAAUGGUAUUGUGGUCUUAGUACCCAAGUUUGGUGUUGAAGGGUUAAUUAGAUUAGAGAAUUUAACAAGGGAUACAAAUGGUGCAAACUUCAAUGAAGUAGAAUUCAAAUUGAAUUUUGUUCAUAAAGAAACUGGAAAAGAAAGAGAAAUAUAUGUCUUUGAUAAAGUGGAAGUUCAAGUGAAGUCUGUUUUGGAUCCAGUAACGAGUAAACGUAAGGCCGAAUUGUUGCUAAAGUAA